GGUCUUGAUUGAUCUCUUCUUUUGUCAACAUUCUUUGCCGUAGCAGUCAAAGCUGCAUGAUACACAGCAAAGACACUGCAAAGAAGUCAUCUCAAUUGUUGGUAUUUGUCCUUCCAACUCCCCCAUGUAUAUGCUUUGCUUAUACUUCUCCUGAAGCACCAACGCUACGCCCAGUCCUCGAUGAAGCCACUGUUCUUGAUUUGCUCGUAGAAUAUAUUGGGAUGAUCGCGUCUAAAACCGGCUAUCUUCCAAUGAUCGCUGCGUCGCUCAGGAGCUGCAGCAUCGGGAGAAGCGGAGGGGUGGCUACGCUGCCGCUGACGCCGGCGCCGUUGGUGGCCGCGCAUCUCUUGGAGGCGAGCGAUGAGAGCUCGGGAGAAGUCAUGGUGGAGCUCAACUCCGACACGGCGCUUCCUUACCGGUGGGAGCAGCGUCUUGACAUGCGGACGGGGGAAGUCUACUACAUCAACUUGGAGACAGGCACGAAGACCAGGAAAGACCCCCGGACUGCUGUCAUCGCCGCCGCCACAUAUUCAUCAAGCUACAUCUCCGGCAAAGAGAUCUCCUCCUCCGAUGACAGCUGCUCCAGAGUAGGCGGUAGCGAGGACUACGAAAGCAGCGUCGACACCGCCAACUCUUGCCUCUCCUCCCUCUCCUCUUCCUCUCCCCCUGAUACUGUAGCUGACCCCGGCGGUGCCCAAAUCCUCGUCGCCGCCGGCUGCAGGUCCUGCUUCAUGUACUUCAUGGUCCCCAAGAGCGUCGACGCCUGCCCCAAGUGCGGCGGCGGCCUCCUCCACCUUGGCCGCUAUGGCUGCGUCUGAACUGCUCCACACUUCGAUCUUGUUCUUGCAUUCUGGAUCAACACAGAAAGACAAGAUCGGACUUUUGUGAGCAAGUUGAAAUCUUUUCAGCUUGUCCUGCGAUAUCUACACUUGGAUAUCAACGACAAUGCCGCAAUUCUUCUCUCCAGUGCCGAUCUCCAUUUGAAGUAGGUGAUAUUUUUGUUCCAGUCUCAGAUGAUGCAUCACAAGGACAAAAUCUAUCUUCAACUAUGAUGCAACUAUUAAUCCAAGCUUCAACUCAACUUUCUUAUCUUACCUUGAAACUGAUAGCUCAAACAAAGCUUGCUAAACCAAAUCUGCCUCGGAGAGCAUAGUUAACCAAGAUCAUUAGCUGAUCUUAUCUAACAAUGACAACUACUUCAUGAACUAAAAGUCAAAUAUAUAUUGUGGAUGCUAAGCUAAUCACGCAGUCAAUCUAGCUCAGCAUCAUGCAUCAUGUUUUAUUUCAUGGCUCUUAUGCUCUUAAAGGACAAGGGAGGCAGACACAGUAAGCAGACAAA